GAAGUUAACCGCCCUAAAACACAUUUCACGACGGUUAAAACACCCGUCGCGCCUCUUAACAUUUCAUCAUCCUCAAAAUCUAUGUCACAACAGUAAAUUUACCGCCCUAAAACUCCUUUCACGACAGUAAAAUACCCGUCGCGCCUAAAAGUUUAAAAAACUCUCAAAGGGCACGACGGUAACUUCACCCGUCGUAUCCCCUAAACCAUUAUCCCGCGCUCUACGCUCGGUUUUAUUUCACAGAUUCUUUGUUUUCAAACCAUUCAUAUUCACACUGAAACAAAAGAAACAUUCUUUGUCCAUCUCUUCGAACGUAUUUUUCUUCAAAACUGCUUUGGAUGCAUCUUAGGUGUGUCUAUUGCAACUGCAUCAACUAUUGCUUAUUCUGUGGAUGGUGGAGAAUCAAUCAGGGUUGAAUCUUCUUUCUCACUUCGAUCAGGAACGAGUAACGAUUCCCAGAAAACAGUCAGCCUCCAUUUUAUUAAGGAAUCAAGAGAUGGGCGAACAUACAGCAGAGGAGAAAUGUAUGCAGUUUCUCAUAAAAAGUCUGACGGGUCUUUUGUCAAUGAAGAUGCAUACCACAAUAAUGAAAAACUACAAGCUGCGAUUAAGGAUUUCGUGUCUGAAAAUGAGGCAUUUCAGAAAGUAUUUGGAAAAGAAAAACAUGGAUAUGUUCGGAGUAUGGGAAUUGGAGUUACGCCAUCUCAGAUUAACAGAUCUACGAGAUUGGCAUCUUCUGCAGAAAGUGAAAAAAUAAAGGAAAUGCAAUAAGAAAUUGAUGCACUUAAAGAAAAGAACUCAAAAAUUGAUGAAUUGAUGGAGGCAGUUGCAUUCUUACGGCAAAUGGACAAUGCUAGGAACGAGGAAAUUGAACUCUUAAGACAAAUGCAAAAUUCUAGUGAAAGAUAGGUAUAUCAUUUUGAUGAAUUUAAAGUUAAAGUUUAUGAGUA